AUUACCCUGCUGAUUUGGCGGUGUUUGUCCCUUUGAAAAAAUAAAAAUAUAGCGGCUUUUGACCUAUAAACAAACAUUGUCAUAGAAAACGCUGGAAAAGGUUAAACAGAAACUAAUUGAUGUAUAACCAUGGCAACCAGCAGUGAUGAUACAGAAUAUGUGUGCACACUUAGUGAUGAGUUGAUAGUGAAAGCUGAGGAGGAACUAAAUGAGAAAGCCGAAUGGAGAGCACGAGAUAUUCAAGCUCUUAGGGAAAUGAUACUCAAAAAACCUGAACUGAAGAUCAGGACGGAUGACGCAUAUUUAUUGAGAUUUUUACGAGCUAAGAAGUUUGACUACGAUCGAGCAUUCAAUCUGAUCAUGAAACAUUUUAGUAUGAGGGCCGAUGAAAAAAACAAGCAAUUGUUUGAUAAUUUACUGCCCUCUACAGUGAAACAUGUAUUAGAUGCUGGGGUCACUGGUGUGUUGCCACAUAGAGACAAACAAGGGAGAAGGGUUAUGAUAUUUCGACCAGGUAAAUGGGAUCCAUCAAAGUAUGCCAUAGAUGAUAUCUUUAGAGCUAAUUUUAUAUCUUUAACCAAGUUGGUUGAGGAUGACAAGACUCAGAUCACAGGAAUUAUAAUGAUAGUUGACCUUGAUGACCUUGGCUUGAACCAUGCUAAAAAUAUCUCUCCUUUCUAUGCAAAAAAGAUAUCUGGUCUAUUACAGGAAGAAGAGGCCCAGAUCAGUGGUAUUAUUUUACUCGCUGAUCUCAAAAGUAUGGGCUGGAAACAAACCCGACGAUUAAAGCCUUUAUUAGCUAGAAGAAUUAUUGGCUUAUUGCAGGAUAGCUUUCCCAUGAGAUUCAAAGGUAUUCACUAUGUGAAUGAGCCAGUCAUUUUUGACAUGAUAUUUGCUGUCAUACGACCAUUUAUGAAACAGAAAAUACUCGACAGAAUUCAUUUUCAUGGAACUAAAUAUGAAGAGUUAUCAGAGUUCAUAGAACCACAGUAUAUACCAUCAGAGUACAGAGGCUCAGGACCACCUUUCACUAAUGAGGAAUGGACAAAAACUUUACUGUCAUCAGAAGAUGAAUUUAUAAAGGAAGCGAGGUACGGCCUAGUUAAAGCUCUUGGUAAACCGGAAAUUACUUGCAAAGAUGAAACAUUGGACUGUUUAGCAGGCUCAUACCGCAACAUAGACUCGUAAAUGAUAAAAUCUGAUAAGUGUAUCUGAAAACAAGCUUGACUGUGUGCAUCCGGAUCUCUCCGUAGUUCAGUGGUUCUUCAGUGGCGGCUUCAUAGUGCCAUAUUAUAAUUUUGUUUCAGAAAUUUACGGAUGUUUGGUAAAAUGUCAAGCUUCAUCCAUUCAGAGCCAUUUUCUGAGCUUUUUCAUGAAAAUUGCGGAAAUAAUGUGAAAAUAUUUGAAAUUUAUUCAUGAUUUAUAUGACUGGUACAUAUCAUUGUUACUGAAGCAGUAUGAAACAUUGUAAGACAUU